ACACGGCGGGGGGUGGGCGGGCGCCCGGCGCCAUGGCCGCCCUCCGCGGGGAGAAGGAGCCGCCGGACGCGGUGCGCCAGAACCAGAUCUUCUGCGAGCGGGUGCGGCGGGAGCUGCAGUGCCAGCGCCUGCACACGGAGUUCGGCGUGAACCCGCUCAGGCCGGUUCACAUGAUCACCAGGAAGCCUAUGUCUUGGCAUGACAAUAUAGAAGAGCCUGCAGAUGCCAAGUUCCUGAAUCUUAUUCAUCACGCAGCACUGGAGCCAACAAAGAAAUACUCAGAGCCACAAACUGAAAGUCAGGAAAUUGGCUGGAACACAACACCUUUGAUUCACGUGGAUCGCACUGACUGCAGGCUGCACUUCCCACGCCGGAGCACUGAGAUCACUAGAUACAUGGCUGCUUUUUGGCGCCUGAAGGAGCAGUGUGAGAACCUUCAAUAGCAUGGCAAAGGCACACAGCUUAGAUAGAAACAGUUAAUGACAUCUCUCUAAUGGGUUAGUCUCUGCUCAUUAUUAAGUGAUUCUGGUAGAUUUCUGACAAGAGAAGAUAAUGAAAAGAGUGAGAAGAGAAUCCCAGUCUGGCCAAAUUUGCAGCCUGACAACAGUUACAGAAAUAAACCUGUUUGUAAGACUG